AAUCAAGGGAAGAUUAAAGCAAAGACGAAAUGCAUCGUCUCAUUUUUGGGCUUUCUUUCGCCGAGCUCGUGGCACCAAUCCUUCUCCUCGGGCUUACGUUAUAUUUUCUGAAUAAGAAGAAAGCUAGUGUGUGUGGAAAUGCAGAUGAUGCUGCUACUGGCGCAUCUGGUUCGUUGGCUGUGCUAACAGAAACUAAUUCCGUUGAAUCUAGUUUGUCUAUGAUAGAAACCAACAACAGUGCAUCUAAUUUGCUGACUGCGUUGACUGGAAACUGCCACGAGGUUUUCUUGAGCUUCAGAGGUCCAGAUACUCGAAAGGGCUUUACCGAUCACCUCUACAAUGGACUCCUCGAUGCUGGAAUUGAUGUUUUCAGAGACAAUGAGGAGCUCCCCCAAGGCGAGAACAUCAAACCAGAGCUUUUGGCAGCCAUCACAAAAAGUAAGAUUCUCAUCCCCAUUCUCUCCGAAAAUUAUGGUACAAGUAGUUGGUGCCUGGAUGAAUUGGUUCAAAUAAUGGAGUGCAAGAAUAAUAACGGGCAGAUAGUGUUGCCUAUAUUCUACAAAGUGAAGCCAGCUGACGUGAGACUUCAAACUGGGAGUUUUAAAGACGUAUUUCGUCACCGUGAGAGGCGUUUGCGUGAGAGGGGUUUCGACCCAACGAUUCUGGAGAAAUGGGAGAAAGCACUCCUUGAAGUCGGCACCUUGAAAGGAUACGAAGCGGAUGGGUAUGAAGGAGAAUUGGUGAAAUCGGUCAUCCAAAAAGUGUUGAACGAGCUGAAAAAAGAGUUUCGGUUGGUUAUUCCCGAAAAUUUGGUUGGAAUUGAUGGUCACGUGGAGAAGGUUAUGAAAUUUGUAGAUAAUAAUUCUAGUGCUAUCCUAUUUAUUGGAAUCCAUGGAAUGGGAGGCAUUGGUAAGACAACUCUUGCUAAAACCAUCUACAACAAGCUCUCCAAUCAGUUUAAGUAUCGUAGCUUCAUUGCAGAUAUUAGAGAAUCAUGCCGGCGCAAUGGACUUGAGUUUUUGCAAAAUCAAUUGAUCUCUGAUAUAUUGAACCAAAAAUUCGAGUUUCUAAUAAGGAUGAGGGGACUGAAUUCAUCUCAUCCAAGUUCAAAGAUAAGAAAGUCCUUAUUCUUCUUGAUGAUGUGGAUGAUGAUGAUCAGUUGAAGGUUCUGGCUGGAAACCAUAAUUGGUUUUCUUUUCGAAGUAGGAUCCUUAUUACCACUAGAAACAAUAGUGUUCUUGACAAUGAAAGGGUGGACUUCAAAUAUGAACAAGAAGUAAUGGAUAAGAAUGAUUCUGUGGUUUUGUUUAGUAGACAUGCAUUUCGAAGAAUUUCUCCUCCAAGUGAAUUUGAGGACCUCGCUCAUGAUGCUAUAACCACCACUGGAGGGCUUCCCUUAUCUAUUGAGGUUUUAGGUUCAUCUUUGUGUGGAAAAAACGCAACAUUUUGGAGAGGCACAAUAGACAAGUUAAAAAAAGUCCCUCAUAAGAAAGUGCGAGAAAAGUUAAGGAUAAGUUAUGAAGAAUUAGACUAUGGACAAAAACAAAUAUUCUUGGAUAUCGCUUGUUUUUUCAUUGGC